AUGCGGCACUUCACCUCCUUUCUUUGCAUACUCUUUUCUCUUGUGAUACCCAUCGCUGCGUCUGAUUACCAUGAACAGCUCGUCCUGAAGCCGCUGCCCCUGUCAGCCCUCCUCGCCAGCUUCAACUUCCGAUCCAAUACGACCCUCUCCCAGUUCGAGGCACACAACUUUCGAUUCUUCCCGCGCUCUCUCGCACAGAUAUUGGAGUACUCGGGCACAAAGGAGCUCCACCUGCGCUUCAGUCUAGGGAGAUGGGACGCCGAGAGCUGGGGUGUCCGGCCAUGGGGCGGCACGAGAGAAGGAGGGACAGGUGUUGAGCUGUGGGCAUGGCUGGAUGCAGACACAGAAGAAGAAGCCGACAACAAGUGGCUGACCCUCACGAAUGCCUUGUCUGGCUUGUUCUGCGCCUCGCUCAACUUCAUCGACUCGACGCGGACUAUACGGCCGAGCAUGUCGUUCCAGCUCGAAGGCGACCACUCUGACGCAGUGGUAUCGAACCUACACCUGCUACACGGAACACUCCCCCGGGAGGUGGUGUGCACAGAGAACCUGACGCCAUUCCUGAAGCUGCUUCCCUGCAAGGGAAAAGCUGGCAUUGCUAGCCUGCUCGACGGCCACAAGCUGUUCGAUUCCUCUUGGCAGAGCAUGGCUAUUGAUGUGCGACCAGUCUGUCCUGAGGGCGGCGAGUGUGUUCUGGAGAUCAACCAGUCCAUUGAUAUGGUUCUUGACAUUGAUCGGUCCAAGAGGCCCAGAGAUAACCCCAUUCCACGGCCAGUUCCUGGGCAUGAGCUCAAGUGCAAUACAUCCAAGGAAUACCACUCAGAUGACACUUGCUUCCCUGUCGAGUACAGCAUUGGCCAGGAUUGGUCCAUAUCCAAGGUAUUCGGCAAGCCCAUCCAGGGAACAUGCCCUCUGGCUGAUGUCGAGGUCGCCCCGGUGUGCUUGGUAGUUCCAGACAAUCGACCUGUCUGGGUCACCGAAGGGGUCAGCGAGUUCAGGAACGACGGUGAGCGGAAGCGCUGCUACAAUGCAAGCCCGGAGACAGCCAUCGAUCUCAUCCUACCGCCGAUUGAGAGACAGGGUGAGAAUGGCCAGGUCGUCGCCGAAGAAUACGUUCAACCGGACAUUCCCCGACUCUAUGCCGAGCGCAGUCUGACUGGGCACGGCCAAGAGCGUGGAGGCGUCCAAACCAUCCUCACGAACCCGAGCGACACCGAGGACGUGGAAUUCGUUUACAUGGAGUCCCUCCCGUGGUUCAUGCGGAUAUACCUGCACACUCUGAAGGCCCGGACCGUGGGCUUCCGCAGCGGAAGACAAGAGGAAGUAAUCCAGGACAUAGUCUACAGACCAGCCCUCGACCGGCAGCGAGGCACACAACUUGAAGUGAAGCUUCGCAUCCCGCCCAAGUCCACCGUCUUCCUAACCUAUGACUUCGAGAAGUCUAUUCUGCGGUAUACAGAAUACCCUCCUGAUGCGAACAGAGGAUUUGACGUGGCUGGCGCAGUCAUCACCAUCCUCAACAGUGACAAGUCGACGUCGAACCUGCGAACUACGGCGCUGCUGCUCAACCUCCCGACUCCGGAUUUUAGCAUGCCAUAUAAUGUCAUCAUCUUCACUUCGACGGCUAUAGCGCUAGCAUUCGGAGGCAUGUUCAAUCUCCUGGUCCGGAGAUUUGUUGCUGCGGACGAGGGCCCUGAAGUCACUCUCACGAGGCUGAAGAACAAGAUCAACGCGCGUCUGGGCGCUCGCCUGGCAGGCAUGUUUGCCAAAGGCGGAAAACCACAGGCGCCAGCCGUGGAAAGCAAGGGAUAG